CAACUCAGGCCGCGCACGCGACGCCGCCGAGACACCGCCGCCGGCUCGCUCUCCCCUGUCUCUGCCGGAGCGCCGGAUCCCCCGCUCGCCGCUUCUCCAGUCGAGUCGAAACUCCGCUUCCGCUCACGCCGCUCCCGCCCAUGCCCCGACCGAAGCCCGCCCCUGCCAGCAGCGGCGGCUGGUUCGCAGGAUGGGGGUGGGACCUCAUGCUCGGAUCGAUCGCCGCGUUCUACGCCGUCAUGGCGCCCUACAACAAGGUGGAGGAGAGCUUCAACGUGCAGGCCAUGCAUGAUAUUCUUUAUCACACCUAUCACAUCGAGAAGUACGAUCAUUUAGAAUUUCCUGGAGUUGUUCCUCGAACAUUUAUAGGAGCAUUUGUUAUCUCUAUUCUCUCAUCGCCGGCAGUCUUUGUAAUGCGUUUACUUCAUGUUCCAAAGUUUUAUUGUCUUCUGACAGUUCGAUUACUAUUGAGCUGUGUUACUUUGAUGAGUUUGAGACUUCUCCGAGUUCAGGUAAAAAAGAAGUUUGGUCAUCAAUCUGAAGUGUUCUUUGUGGUACUAACUGCUAUCCAGUUUCACUUGCUGUUCUACUCAAGUCGUCCGCUUCCAAAUAUCUUUGCUUUAGCUUUAGUCAACUUGGCAUACUCUUUAUGGUUUAAGGGAAGCACCAUAUGUACAUUACAGACCUUGAUUGUUGCUGCAGUUGUUUUUAGAUGUGACAUGAUUCUUCUUCUUGGCCCAAUAGGGCUUGCACUUUUGCUGAGCAGGUCUGUUUCUCUCUUGGAAGCAGUAAAAUAUUGCGUAAGCACUGCCCUUAUAUGCAUUGGAUUUACAAUGCUAAUUGAUUCUAUAAUGUGGCGUCGAAUCUUGUGGCCAGAAUUUGAAGUUCUCUGGUUUAAUUCAGUUCUGAAUCGAAGUUCAGAAUGGGGUACCCAUUCAAUUCAUUGGUACUUUACCUCAGCACUUCCGCGCUCCAUGCUUGUGGCAUACCCUCUUUGCAUGGUUGGUGCCCUUCUUGAUAGAAGGAUAGUACCAUACAUGCUUCCUGUCUUCUUAUUUGUCGUACUCUAUUCAAAACUUCCACAUAAGGAACUUCGUUUCAUAAUUGGCUCAAUUCCCAUGUUUAAUGUGUCCGCUUCACUAGCAGCUAGCAGAUUAUAUAAUAACCGAAAGAAAGCCGGAUGGAAUUUACUUUAUAUUCUCAUGCUUGGUGCCUUUCUUGUCAGUCUAGGAUACUCUGCUGUGACUUUUAUGGCAUCCUACAACAAUUAUCCUGGUGGCUAUGCUCUAAAGGCUCUACAUGAAGCAGAUUCCUCAGUGAAGGAAAAGAUGGUACAUAUUGAUGCCUUCACCGCGAUGAGUGGGGUUUCUCGUUUCUGUGAAAAUGAAUAUCCUUGGAGGUAUUCUAAGGAGGAAGAAAUCUCCAUUGAAGAAUUUCGGGAAAGGAAUUUCACCUAUCUACUGAAUGAACACCAGUCCAUUAGUGGGUACAAGUGCUUGUUUGCUGUGGAUGGAUUCUCCAGAGUAAAACUUCAACCCCGAAUUCCCCCACUUUCCCUGGUGAAAGUGCCCAAGGUAUUUGCACAUGGGAACCUGAGAGACCCUGACAUUCUUUCACUGAAUUGGCCCGGCUGUCCCUGAGGACAGAGAAACAAUCAGAUUUCUGUCACAAGACCACUAACUGCCAACAGUGAAGAUGUGUUCUGUCAUUCUGUGUGAUAUAAAUGGUACAUCUUUUUUUAGACAUGAUAUAUCUGGCCUGGGUCAUAGCAUUCCCUGCUACCUGUAAAUCUAGUUGGAUUCCUCCCCAGAUCCCAACUCCCAAACCACACACUUUAAGGCUUAACUCUUAAGAGACUGCCAUUUUAGCUGAAAAUUUAUGUAACAUUUUCGAGCAGGGAAAAAGUACAUGCUUUUCUUAAACUGAAUGAAGAGGGGGAAUCACAAAUAAUCUUAUAUCAA